ACGUCAUCAAGGGUCCUGAGGCUCUGUCUGUCGUUGUUAGCAUCAUGGCGGCGUCCGCACGAGCCCAGGUGAUCUCUCUGUACAGGUCGAUGCUGAGCGCGAGCAAGAAGUUCCCCUCGUACAACUACAGGACCUAUGCACUGCGGCGGGUGCGUGAUGCCUUCAGGGCCAACAGGAACAUAGAAGAUCCAAAAACUGUGGCGAGACUGAUGACGGAGGGACAGCAGACACUGGCACUGAUACAGAGACAGGUGAGACACACACACACACACACAGGUUUACCAGGUUGACUAGUAUGCAGAUGA